UAUUAAUUACACAACAGGGGGGUUUUAACGGCCGGCUUCUCUCGUUGUUUGUUGCUUUUCCUUUUCAACUGUCUCCUCCUCUCUAUCACUGCUGCAACCCUAAGUCUUCUUCAGCUGGACACGGAGAGAGUCUCCCAGUCCGACGAACAAUGGUGGUGCACAAAGCAGCAAAAUACGAGGAAAUCCGCCGGAAGAGGGUUGAGGAGAACAAGAAAUUGAUUGAACAACUGAAUCUCAACAAGCUCUCUCAAGCUCUCCGUUCCACUCCCAGCCCCAAGUCCUCUCCAAUGAAGCGGGUGAAGCCUCGGACGCCCCAGCUGCCAGCGGAUCUCUCGGUGCUUAGGAGAUCCAGUCGUAUUGCAGACAAACCACCAAGCAAUUACAAGGAAGAGCCUAUUGAAGCAUUGGGCAGGCCUAGAAGUUUAAGGACUUACAGCCAUGGGCGAAGGGAUUUGGCAAAUCGAGUAUAUGCCUCGGAUGAAGACCGGGCAUGCGCCAUAGAGAAAGCAGAAGAAAUCGAAUCGGGUUUAGAACCCGACUUUCCCAGCUUCGUGAAGCCCAUGCUCCAAUCCCAUGUGACUGGAGGAUUUUGGCUGGGACUUCCUGUCCAGUUCUCCAAGGCACACCUUCCAGACCAUGACGAGUUCAUCACCUUACUGGACGAGGAUGAUAAUGAGACCUCCACCAAGUAUCUCGCCCAGAAAACGGGGCUCAGUGCCGGAUGGAGAGGUUUUGCUAUCGAUCACCAACUAGUUGAUGGUGAUGCAUUAGUUUUCCAACUAAUCCAGCCAACAAAAUUCAAGUUGCAACAGGUUUAUAUUAUAAGGGUGAACCCAGGCGAAGACAGUGAUGAAGCUGCACAACAGUAGUGCUAGUAGUGUACACAAAUUCGAGCAAUGAGAAGAAUGCAACAAACUGAACUAGCAAAUAUCAUCUGCGCUUCCAAAAAUCAAAUGGAUAAUAAAGCGGCGGGUACAGUGUGAUGCAAGUAACCAAAUAUACAGUUAUUUGCUAUUAAUUCUAAAAAUAAAGAAUUAGUUUUCAAAAAUUGACAUCAAAUACCCAGUUCUUGUAAGGCAGAUAGGAGUUUCUGUGUCUCAA